AUAUUCAUCAAUCAAUUUAUGACAUUAUGUCAAAGGUUUGCAACUUGUUAUCCUUUUGAUUUGGAACCUGCAUUAAUUGAUUAGUGUGGUUCAUUUUUUGCUGCAUUAGUUUGCAACAUGAGUGCAAGAGUUGGACAUAUACUUGUAUUAAUCAUGUUCAUACAAAUUUCUAUAACAUCAUCUCAGAAGAAUAGCGAUCUUGUUGCUCUACAGGCUCUCAAGCAUGCAUGGCAGGGUACACCACUCAGCUGGAACGAUGGCUCGGACCCGUGUACUGGUGGUUGGGUUGGCAUCACAUGCACCAACUCUCGUGUGACCUCGAUAAUCUUGUCAAGCACCGGAUUGAUCGGGCCACUACCUGGAGACAUCGGGGAGUUUACCGAAUUAGUGGUUCUGGAUCUAUCUUAUAAUACAGGUUUGACAGGAUCGCUCACUGAAGCAAUUGGGAAUUUGGCAAAAUUAACAAACCUAAUCCUUGUUGGUUGCAAGUUUAAUGGUCCAAUUCCAAGCUCCAUCGGAAAUCUUGAAAGGCUUAGAUACUUGUCGCUGAAUUCCAAUGGCUUUACCGGAUCCAUCCCUGCUUCCAUCGGAAUGCUUAAGAAUCUUUACUGGUUGGAUCUCUCAGACAACCAACUCACUGGAACUAUACCAGUUUCUGAUGGGAUAACUCCUGGUCUCGAUAUGUUAACGCGCACAAAACACUUUCACCUAGGAGACAAUCAGCUUUCGGGUGAAAUUCCACUUGGGCUCUUCAACUCCAACAUGACUCUUUUUCAUCUGUUAUUUGAUCACAACCGCUUAACGGGUGAGAUUCCUUCUACACUUGGGCUUGUGCAGUCGCUGGAGGUUGUACGGCUGGAUAGUAACUCUUUGAGCGGCGACGUACCAUCAAACAUCAACAACCUUACCAAUGUGACCGAGAUGUACCUAUCGAACAAUCUAUUAACAGGCCUUAUACCCAAUCUGACUGGCAUGAACCGCCUCAACUAUCUGGAUUUAAGCAAUAAUAGUUUUUCCGAGUCUGAUAUUCCUUCAUGGUUUUCAACUCUAGAGGCUUUGACAACUCUUAAGAUGCACUAUACAAACCUUGCAGGAGAAUUGCCGGCCACCUUGUUUAGCUUUCCACAGUUACAAAAUGUUGAUUUAAGUAAUAAUCGGAUAAAUGGAUCGUUGGAUAUUAGCCCGAAUCCUAGCAGACAACUUGAACUUGUCGAUCUUCGGACUAACCGUAUUUCUGAUUUCCGCCAACGAAGACAAUAUACUAUUGGAUUAAUACUCGUUGAUAAUCCAAUAUGUAUGGAGUCAGGGGUGACAAAUGCAUUUUGCUCUCUUCCAACGAAAACUUCUGCAGCGUACUCGACCCCAUGGAACAACUGUACACCCCCUUCAUGUGGUUCGGACCUUGUUGCGAGUCCAAACUGUCAAUGCGCACAUCCAUUCGUUGGCUUGUUUUCAUUCAAAGCUCCAUCCUUCUCCACAGUUACAAAUGCAACCAUUUACGACUCGCUUCAUAAUUUGCUGAUGUCAUUCUUUAAGAAUGCUUCACUCCCCGUAGAUUCGUUGUCAUUGUCGAAUCCAAGCAGAAAUUUGGAAGAUUACCUUGUGUUAAGACUUCAAGUUUUCCCUUCUGGACAACCAAAUUUUAAUAGGACAGGGAUUAUUGGGGUUGCGUUUGCGCUUAGCAAUCAAUCUUUCAAGCCUGCAAAGACUGAUUUCAACACCUACACCUUCAAUGCUGAAAACUACAACUUCUUUUCGGAUUUAGAAACCGGAGUAGCAAAAAGUAAUACAUCCAGCACUGGAAUUAUCAUAGGAUCAGCCAUUGGUGGUUGUGUGCUCGUGGUGUUAUUAGUACUUGCAGGAAUGUAUGCGCUUCGACAAAAAGGACGUGCUGAAAAGGCAGUACAACAUAACCAACCUUUUGCACAAUGGGAUUCAACCAGUGCAAGUGGCAGUGUUCCUCAGUUGAAAGGAGCGAAAUCCUUCACCUUUGAAGAACUUAGGAAAUACACAAACAACUUUUCUGAAAGUAGCCAAAUAGGAGCAGGCGGAUAUGGAAAUGUAUAUAAAGGAAGUCUUCCAAAUGGUCAGCUCAUCGCCAUCAAAAGAGCUCGACAAGGAUCAACACAGGGCGGGCUUGAGUUCAAGACUGAGCUCGAGCUUCUUUCACGAGUUCAUCACAAGAACGUUGUGGGGCUCAUCGGUUUCUGUUUUGAUCAGGGUGAACAAAUGUUGGUUUAUGAGUUUAUUGUGAACGGGACCCUCAAGGAUAGUCUCUCAGGGCGAUCGGGCAUUCGGUUGGAUUGGAUGCGAAGGCUGAAAAUAGCACUCGGCGCAGCUAGAGGGUUGCAGUACUUGCAUGAUCUUGCUGAUCCCCCAAUCAUACAUAGAGAUAUUAAAACCAAUAAUAUCUUACUAGAUCAAAGAUUAGUUGCAAAAGUUGCCGAUUUUGGCCUAUCCAAGCCAAUAAGUGAUGCUAAUAGGACUCAUGUUACCACUCAAGUCAAAGGGACCAUGGGAUACAUGGACCCUGAGUAUUACAUGACUCAACAACUGACAGAAAAGAGUGACGUUUAUAGCUUUGGAGUUGUAAUGUUGGAGCUAAUAACCGCAAGAAACCCAAUUGAGAAAGGAAGGUACAUAGUGAGGGAAGUGAAACAAAUGAUGGACAAGAAUAAAGAAUUAUACAAUCUACACGAAAUCCUUGACCCGACCAUUGGUUUGAGCAACCAACUAAAAGGUCUAGAGAAGUUCGUCGAUUUAUCACUGAGGUGUGUUGAUGAGAAGGGAACUCAAAGACCAGGAAUGGGUGAAAUCGUGAAAGAGCUGGAGAGUAUUAUGACAUUUGUUGGUCUUAACCCUGGCAGUGAACCAUCAUCUUCAGCAGGUUAUGAAGGCGCGGGCCAAGACUUCAGCCAUCCAUAUAGUAACGAUAGCCUUUUCGCUUAUAGUGGUGGCUUUUUGCCCCCAAAUUUGCAUCCAAAGUAAGAGUUUGUUAUCAUAAUAUGAAAGUAUUUGUAUUUGUAUAUGUAUCUGAAUGUAUUUGUUUGUUAUAUAUCUGAGUUUGGAGUUGUAG